AUGAAUGUUGAGAUUUGUUCAACAGUCAGGUUAGUCAAAUAUUUAUACAAAUACGUCUACAAGGGGCAUGACCGUAUUAGUUUUCAUAUAAAUACUGGUGCUGCUGCUGAAAACAUCGAUGAAAUCAAUGACUUCCAAUCCGGACGAUGGGUCGCAGCUGCAGAGGCCUUUUGGCGCAUAUACAGGUUUUCUUUGAAUGAAAUGACUCCUUCUGUUUACGCUCUUCAGGUACAUCUUCCAGGCCACCAGAUGAUUUCGUUUCAUAAACAUUCUGACCUUGCUGAUGUUGUGAACCGUGCUGAUUUUAGCAAGACAAUGCUUACACAAUUUUUUCACAUGAAUAAGACCGAUAAAAUAGCUCAAAAACUCAAUUGCCUUUACCGUGACUUGCCUGAGUUUUUUGUCUGGACUCCCAGAACAAGAAACUGGACUCCGAGGAAACGGAGGUCAGUCAUUGGCAGAUUGGUAACUGUUAGCCCAACUGAGGGAGAACGUUAUUAUCUUCGAUUACUUCUAUCUCAUGUUCAUGCUCCAACGUCAUUUGAGGAUCUACUGACUGUCAAUGGUAAGCUUGCUCUAUCAUAUAGAGAGGCUGUCUUCGAAAUGGGUUUGCUCCAAUCUGAUACGUACUUAGAGGAUGCUCUUACGGAUGCAACAACAUUUCAAAUGCCAUUCUCGCUCAGAACUCUGUUUGCAGUUCUCUUAGUCUAUUGCUCCCCCAGCAAUCCAAGGCUUCUUUGGGAAAGAUUCGAGGGUGAGCUUUCCCAGGAUUUAAGAAGGAACUCUCAUUUGACUGAUUGCGAUUCUGAUCAAAUAAGAAUGCGUACUCUCCAAGAUAUAAACAGAAUCUUAGAACAGAUGGGAAGGAAUGUGAGUGACUACCAUCUUGUUCCUGAAGGAUUUUCUCUUGUAUGUGAUGAGCGGCUCACAAAGGAGAUAGAGAGUGAGAGAAACAUUCCAUUCACGGAAGAAGACUUGCUCUUAUCUUCGAAAUUGAACGAAGGCCAGAAACAUGCUUACGAUGUUAUUCUAACUGAAGUUUAUUCUUCUGGGAGUAAGAGAUUUUUUGUUGAUGGUCCUGGGGGGACUGGCAAAAUGUUUUUAUAUCGUUCACUUCUUGCAACGCUUAGAUCUCAGGGCUAUAUUGCGAUAGCAGUUGCAUCGUCUGGCGUUGCUGCUUCUAUUCUUCCUGGAGGAAGGACUGCUCAUUCAAGAUUCAAGAUUCCGUUGGAUGUGUCAGCGAGCAGAACCUGCCAAAUCAGCAAGCAGAGCUCUAUAGCUAAGCUGAUUUCGCUAGCCAAACUAAUCCUUUGGGAUGAGGCUUCAAUGGCUAAAAAGGAUACUGUGGAAGCAUUUGAUCUAUUGCUGAAAGAUGUGAUGGAUUCUGAUAUGCCUUUUGGUGGUAAAAUAGUAGUUUUUGGUGGUGAUUUUCGUCAGACUCUACCUGUUAUACCAAAUGCAUCUAGGGACCAGCAGAUCGAAGCUAGCUUUGUUAAUUCUCUUUUAUGGAAUACUCUGACAAAGCUUUCUUUAUCAGAAAAUAUAGUUGGUGAAGGCCGUGAACCUGAAGAUCUUGAUGGGAAAAUAUCUUUAUGUGAGCAUUUAUUAAUUCGGUACAAUAACAAGAAUGAAUCACUGAACAGGUUAGUGGAUUUUGUAUUCUCCGAUCUCUGCCUUUAUUCAUUAGAUCCAUACAGCAUGAUCAACAGAUGCGUUCUUACGCCAAAAAACUCCUGUGUCGAUGAUAUUAAUGAGAUGAUGAUUGAUCGAUUCCCUGGACAAGCCUAUGUUUAUAUGAGCACUGAUAGAACUCUAAAUGAAAGAGAUCAAGGGGACUACCAAGACUUCCUGAAUUCUUUAAAUCCCAAAGGUUUGCCUCCCCAUAAAUUAGUCCUGAAAGAAAACUUUCCUAUCAUUCUUCUAAGGAACUUAAAUCCUACAGAAGGAUUAUGUAAUGGGACAAGGCUCAUUUGCAGAAGCUUAAAACAGCAUGUGCUCUGUGCUGAGAUUGCAUUUCCAAUAAAGCUUUGCUUUGCCAUGACCAUCAAUAAGUCGCAAGGUCAAACAUUGGAUCGUGUAGGCAUCUAUCUCCGCGAACCUAUUUUUUCGCAUGGCCAACUAUACGUUGCUUUAUCUCACGCUAAGAUGGCAACUGCUGUUAAGGUUUUGAUAAUGCCACCAACUUUUCAUGAUGCUGUCAUUGAGGUUAAGACCUGA